AUGUCACAGGACUUCAAAGAACCUUCUCUUGACUCGCAUACUUUUGAGCAUGACACCGAGGAAGAAAAGCCUCGGGGUGUGGCCAGAAUUGAGGCCAUCAAGCAGACUCUAGAUAAGAGAUACAUUCUGGUGCUGAUCCUGUCCUUGUACUUGUGUUCGUGGACUUAUGCGCUUGACAGCUCGACCACUACAAGUUACCAGCCAUAUGCCACUUCUCAGUUUAACCGUCACUCGAUGCUUUCCACUUUAAGUAUUGCCAACUCCAUUAUCGGGGCUGUUUGUAAGCCAUUCAUUGCCAAGAUGUCUGAUAUGACUUCCAGAGCCAUCGCCUACAUGAUUAUUUUGCUUUUGUAUGUCAUCGGAUUUGUUGUUGAUGCCUGCUCUCCUACCAUCUCUGCAUACGUCAUUGGUUCCGUCUUCAUUGCCAUCGGACAAUCUGGUAUCAAUCUAAUGAACAGCAUCUUGGUUGCUGACAUGACUCCUCUUAAAUGGAGAGCCACUGUCAAUGGUCUUCUCUCUACUCCUUACUUGUGCACUACUUGGGUGGCAGGUUACAUCGUCCAAAAUAUCACCACUUCUAAUUGGAGAUGGGGUUACGGUAUGUUCGCUAUUAUUACCCCUGCUGCAUUGAUUCCUGCCAUUGGUAUGAUUUUCUGGAUGGACCAGAAAAUCAACCAUGGAACUUUUAAGUUCAACCUCAGACUUCCCCAGAUCACGGUUCUGAAAAGCAAGAAUACUUUGUUAAAGAUCAAGGAAGCUCUUAUCGAGAUCGAUGCUUUGGGACUCGUCCUUCUCGGCUUCGCUUUCUCCCUCAUGCUUCUUCCUUGCUCGCUCUAUUCAUAUGCCAAAGGUGGAUGGCACAACCCUUCGAUGAUUGCUAUGGAGGUUGUGGGAGGAGUCUUCUUGAUCGCUUACUGUAUCUACGAGAUCUGGAUUGCCCCAUACCCAUCGCUUCCUAAGCGCGUUCUUCUGAACAGAACUUUCGUUUGCUGUGUCAUCAUCGACUUCUGCUACCAAAUGGGUGGUUAUUUCUGGCUGCUUUACUUCAGCUCUUACAACAUGGUCGUUCUGAAUCUUUCCUACAAGCAUUGGACUUACCUGAAUAAUACCGAGACCAUGGGACUGUGUUCUUUCGGUGUCGUCUACGGUCUUCUAUUCAGAUAUUUCCGUCGUUAUAAGAUCUUCCAAGUGAUCGGCUCUAGUAUCAGAUUGAUUGGUCUCGGACUGAUGGUGCACUCCACCAAGAUGCAUAACGGUCCGUCUCUCGGUGUCAUUGUGGCUGCGCUUGUUCUCACCUCCAUCGGUGACUGUGGUGACGUUAUGGGUACCCAUUUGGCUGCUCAAGCUUGUGUUCCGCACGUUGACUUGGCUACUACCAUCUCUGUUCUUUCUCUUUACAGCAGUAUUGGUGCUGCUGUCGGCCAAGCUAUUGUCGCUGCCGUCUGGACAUCGAACCUUCCUAAACGUCUUACCGAGCACGUUGGUGAUGCCACCAAGGCCCUUUCGUACUUCGAGUCUGUUACCACCAUCUAUGCUCUCCCAUGGGGCUCCCAUGACAGAAUCGCAAGUAUCCAGGCUUACCAGGAUGUUUGUUACAAGCUUUUCUGUGGUGCUCUUGGUAUCAGUUUUGUUUGUUUGAUUGUUACCCUAUUCCAGACCAACUACUACUUGGGAGACGGAAUCAACGCCGUCGAAGGAGAACAGAAGGAGGACUACAACCAAAAAUGGUACUAUUACAUUGUUGACUUUGUCAAACACCCUCUUAGAUAG